GCAGGGAGCUCAGAAGCUGUUGAUUGUGACGGUUGGAGUAGGUUUGCAACAACAGAAACGCACAAAACGGCGACUUCCUAAUUUAUGCGCUCUUGCACGAAACGCGCAUCGCUAACUUACCGUGAUUUUAUUUCGACAUAGAUUCCGCUUUCUACCUAGGUAAUCGAGCGAACGAGAGAUCGAGCUGGCAGGUGCCUUGGGAACCUACCUAUGCUGGCGUAAGCACAUUCUCCAAUCCGCGUCAGGCCGCGUUCCCGUCCUGUCCAUGACGGGGUCUCGAACUUGCGCACCUGGACCCUCGAUGGGCUCUGGGUAUCCGACAAACCCUCCUCGCAGUCUCGAUCUCGGGACAUCGACAAAUUGGCACAACUGAGCAACCGAAACCGUCAAAAUGCUCCCCAUACGAUCCCGCCGCUAUCGAGCGUCGACCUCUGCCUCGACAGUCCAAACCUCCAAAGCCACCGAAGUGCUCCAGGCACUUCUUGAACGCUUGUCUGGGAUAGCAACUUCCUCACCGGAAGGAUUGUACCCAAAGACUCAGGAAUUGGCAGACCAAAUCCGGCAGAUUCACCAGCACCUCGCCGCCGCGCCCCCACCCUCCCCACCACAAGACGACUUCCGCCAUCUUCGCGGUUUCCAAACGCUGCUCGACGUCCUAAGGUCGUUUUCCGGCUACUAUAAUCCAAGCAAGCGAAGCGAGACUGAGCGGAGGGCAAUAUUCGACUUGUUACAUGUGGUGCUGGCAACACUAUCUACCGCCUUCCGCGGCCACCCCGGCAACAGGCGAUACUUUCGGGACAGGGUGGAAGGUGGUGGGUGGGAGGCCUUGGAGCAGAUUAUAGCCAGCAUCGGUGUGGGAGGCGGGGAUUCGGAUACUUGGGCUAACUGCCAGCUGUUCGGGAAGCUGCUCUCCUUCGCCCUCGACGACCAGCGUCUGGAUGAGCUCUGCCGCUCGGUGGCAUCUUGGACGGACUUCAACAGCCCGUCCGCAACACAAGAUGGAAGUCCUCAAGGGACGACAGAACUACCAGAAGGUGCUUCACCAAUCGAACCCCAUGUGGCGCAGAACUUGGAGACCAUCGAGAAGAGGUUGGGCGAGAUCAUUGGGCCGCACACCGUUAUUCAGAAUGCCGAAAUCAUUCGGAGUGUUUUCGCCUUUUGGGAAUCCAUACCAAGAGGCGAAGAUGCCGCGGCGAGCCCUGCGUCGAUGAUAGUGCUCACAGCGCUUUCGGCCCUGGCAUCCGUUUCCCUCUUCAACCUCGGUGCUUUGCACGGGACCGGCAUGCUGUCCAGACUACUACGCCUGCUUUUUGCUCAGGAUAGCGUUCUCACCGAGCCCGAGAGGACGAAAGCACUACCCCUGUGCAGGUCCCUGAUGCACUUAGGCAUCGAUCAGCUUGCCGAUGCGCAGUUCUUGCUGAACCACCGGGACCCAGCCACUUCUGAAUUCUGUCUAGAUAUGACAGAAAAGUACGCUGGUCCUCCAUUUAUCCAGUUCGACCUCUCCUUGCAUGGUCACUCAUCCGUCGAGCUCCCAAACCUUGGGAGGUCGUUCCCUCCUCAGACAGCUCCCGGAUACACCUUCACUGGCUGGAUCCGGAUUGACAAGUUCGACCCAAAGUCUCACACAACGCUCUUCGGCGUGUUCGACUCUACUCAGACUUGCUUCCUUCUCGCCUAUCUUGAAAAAGACACCAAAAACUUCAUUCUCCAAACGUCAGUCACAUCCUCGCGCCCCAGUGUGAGGUUCAAGUCGGUUACGUUUCAGGAGCACCAGUGGUACCAUAUCGCCCUCGUUCAUCGUAGGCCCAAGACCAUGGUCGCGAGCAAGGCAAGCCUUUACGUCAACGGAGAGUUUGCUGAGCAGAUCCGCGCCGCAUACCCGAGCCCGCCCCCACCCUCCAACGCAAGUACCGAAAGCUUCGUUUCUUUUUCCUCAAGCAGCAGCAAGGUAAACCCUGUCCAGGGGUUUCUAGGCACACCGCGCGGCCUUGCCGCCCAUCUCGGCCCUGGACUUGUGCAGUCUAGAUGGUCGCUGGCCUCGGCGCACUUGUUCGAGGACGUUCUAAGUGACGACCUGCUCGCUGUCUAUUACCGCCUGGGGGUGAGGUACCAGGGCAACUUCCAAGACUGUCUUGGUGCCUUUCAGACUUAUGAGGCUUCCGCCGCCCUUGGACUCCGUAACGAGGUGUUCCAUCCGGGCAAGGAUGACAAUUCGGACAUCCUGAAAGCCAUCAGGGAUAAAGCGAGCACCAUCGUACCAGAGCACAGAGUGUUGCUGAGCCAUUUCCCACGAGCCGUCUUCCCCGCGGAUGGGAAAUUCAUGGACUCUCUGCUCUUUCGCUCACUGUCAAGGAACUCGGCCAACAGCUUGUUCCAUGCUACCGUGAAGAGCGGGGCGGCCGUUGCCAUCAACGGAGCUGUUCCUUGUGUCAAUGAUGCUCUGAUUAAGCUGAACGGUACCUCGCUUCUCACGGGCGACCCGGUCGUCGCCACUCCGUACUACUUUGACGAUAAUCUCUGGCGACUGGGAGGAUUUACCCCUGUAGCCCUCAAGCUCGUCGAGCGGUCGUCUUCCUCCGAUGAAUUGCUACGAUCCGUUGAGCUCAUGUUUCACUGCAUUUCCAACAGCUGGAGGAAUAGCGAGGCUAUGGAGAGAGACAAGGGUUAUGCCAUUCUCAGCAUGUUGCUUCGUGCCAAACUCGGAUAUGGCGUACCGGGCUCUGAUACCCAGUCACAGACCUGGCGGCUCCCAUUGACUAACGAGGCAAGGGACCGUCUCAGCUUCCAGCUUCUCAGUCUGGUGCUCCAUUUUGUCGGGUAUAAACAUGGCGACCCGAUCGAGUCAUUCAUCAUCAACCCGCUCGCCUACCGCGUCCUGCUCAUCGACCCGGACACCUGGAGGAGAUCUUCGCCCCUGGCUCAGGAACUGUAUUACAAACAGUUCGUCACCUUUGCAGUCAAGAGCAAACACCACCAGUUCAACAGCCGCCGACUACUCCGAAUGCGGAUCAUCAAGAGGCUUCUCGACGCGCUGAAAGCCGAACCCAUCUCGGAACACGUCAUGCCCCAUUUCAUGGCUUCAUUCGAGAGCCUUGUGAAAUGCAAUUACAAUGCCGAAGUCCACCGCUCCAUUGCCCUUUUUAUCACCUAUGCUUUCCACACCCCCCCUGGCUCCUUGCCUCGCACUCCUAAGCCAGCGUCUGCAAGCAGUCGCUCUGCUACCCCUGGUCUCGGCGUCUUGCGCCGACCUACCGCCGAAAUCAUCCCUCUAUCCUCCACGACGGGCUCAAGGAUGCUUGGUAAGAAAGAGCUCGGCAUCGGCAUCUUGGAAAUGUACACCCGGCUCCUGUGUGAAAAGACCAACUUGGCCGACAUUCAAAAGUUUGCCAAGACUGUCACUAAUAAGUGGCUGCUCUAUCUCCUCGCAGAAAACGAUCCGGAGAUUGUUGUCCUAGGGUGCAAAAUCCUUGCUCGCCUACUCGUCACGCAACCCUCCGGCUACACGGCCAAGUUUGCCAGCAAAACCGGCGGGUUCUGGAUCAUGGCUUACCGUUUGAAACAAUGGUGGGAUAUCUCGACGCUCUGGCCGAUUCUUUUCAGCAUCCUUUUCGGAUACGAUGUGGCGAAGAUCGACUUUGACAAGUCGUUCGAUUUCUUUAGUCUGUUGGAGAUCUUCGGCAACAGCCAGGUCGUGUUUCCAGAUUUAUUACCCGUCAUAACCUCCAUGCUACAGCAUGGCCUCCGCGACGUCCUAAGAUACCAGGACGACCCGGAUUCGCCCGCCCCGGACCUCAGUGCAGCGAAAAGCUCCCGGGACAAUCUCGAUACUCUUCGGACAAGACCCAGGGCGCGGUCCAUGGAACUAGGCCAGGCGCUCGAACCGAGAAAAACACAGUUGACCGACAAGGAGAGGGUGGCGGCGAACGCUGCAGUCCUUCAAACCGUUGUUCGGUUCUUGGCGGACAUGCACGCCCGUUCGGUCAACUUUAGGGAAUUCGCUUUAUCCUCGGACUACGUCCGGCACCUCUUUGCAGCCCUGUAUCCGAUCAUCGUCAGUUCCGAUCCGGUCACCGCUGAAACAGAGCUCAACUCCAAAGACGCGCUUAACUUCGAGGGCGGUGAUGUUAUCAUCAGGCCGGUCCCUGGCUCUUCAUCCACUGCGAUUCCAAUCGUCAGGACGGCCGGAUCCGCACCGGCUGAUGCCCAGCCACCGUCCCCAAGCCCCGGUCGAGGCACCCCUUUGCGACGGCCGUCGUCCUUCAUUCUAGUGACCUCACAGUCCCCGCCCUCCGUACCUGCUCCUGCUCGUCUGAAUCACGUCGUGUCUCCGAAGAAGCGACCUGUCACUAGGAACACCAGCAAUGCCGUACUAGAAGGCGUCUUGGAGCUCAUCGUCAGCGUGUUCACGGACCAAGUUAUGGUCAAGAAAGAAUUUCCAGGAUUCGGCCUUCUUGUUAAGGUCCCGCCAGGGUUCCAGGAGCACCGGGCAUACUUCGAGACCUACAUCCUGCGGAACGUCAUCACUCAGUUGAAAAACACCAUCCAGCUGGACCAGAAAACUCUCACGGAACCCAAAAUCCUACAGAACCUGGCGCGUUUGAAUCUCCACACGGCUGAGGCUGUGUUUGAAGGGUCCUUCAUGAACGGAGCUGAAACCAUGAUCGAGUUCACGGGGACCGUGCUCGAGUACUUGCAGCGGCCCGAUGUCUCAUCGCUGAAGAGCGUCCGCUUGUGCAGCACUGCAGUGGCGACCAUUCGGUCGUCUUUCCUAAAGUUCACACUGCUCAGGUUGUCAGAUAUGGACGACCCGGAAACUAAGGAUUCCGAGGCGCUCUCGACCAUGGAUCAACUCCUUUAUUGGCAAACGGUACUACUUGGCUGUCUAUCGAUGGAUGACGACUACAUGAAGCUCGUGUGGUAUCAACUCUACAACAAACUGGUCGACCCACGGCACCACAUCCGUCGCAUUGCCGCAACUCUGUGGCGGAUCAUGCUUGUCCAGAAGCCCCAGGAAUCGACGGCAAUUUUCCAGCAGACCAUGACGCCGGAUCAACGGCCGUUGGCCAGGGGUUUUGAGAGACUCACCGAGCUGGACGACGUGUCCUUCCUCGAGUGGGUCGAUCAAUAUCGUCCAUCGCUCGAUGUCCUCUUCUUUGGCGGCAUGUCAAAGUCCUGGGAGGACUUCGUUGCGUCGGAGAACCAACGGACGGCAGACACGGCCAGGGUCAGGGUGAAGAGCCGGAAGGACAAGCUGAGGCAUUGGCACACCGAGUCCCUGGAGCGAGAUAACAUCUUGCUCCGCCACGAGAUGGCAAACAGCGCGUGGAUGAAGAGCAUUUACUUUACCGAGCAUUUCAAGCACCAGAGGCUCCUGCAGGACUUGCAGGAUGACAAUGCUUUCCUAGCAUCAACCUUUGCGAAGAUGGAGCGCGACCUGUGCCGUCCAGGGGCUGUGUUCAGCGAACCCCAAACCAUCAAAUGGAAGUUGGACAGAACGGAAGGGAGGAACCGAAUGCGCCUCCGUCUUCUCCCCCAGUAUCCCGACCCACAGCAGCAGGACUUUCAGCCGAAGAAAAACAACGGCCCUGCAGGAAGCUCGAAACCCAAUAUGCCCACCAGCAGCGCUGCGACGCGACCAACCACACCGCUCCCACCCGCUCCCGCGGAGACUGGAGCUGAUGGCAAGAUGGAUGAGCCCGAUAUUUCUGCCGAUCCCGAGCCUAUGUCCGAAGCUGCGGACCAACAGGGCGUGACGCCGGAGGAUGACUUUGAACUAGUAGAUGACCCGAACGAGCCUGAGGGUGACGACACUUUUGAAGAUAAGAACAGGAAAGUGAUGCGGCGGCUCCAGCAGGGCGAUGCUGUCCAGAACGUCUUCAACAUCUCGCGGAUCAUUGGUCUCGAUGCCUCUGAGGGCAUUCUGAUCAUCGGAAAGGAGGCGCUUUACAUUAUGGACAACCUCUUCCAAAGCGCAGAUGGAGAGAUCGUCAAUGUCUGGCAAGCCCCACCGGACGAGCGGGAUCCGUUCUCCAUCAUUAUCACCGGAGGUAACCCCAGCGAGAGGCGUCAGAAUCAGGGUCGCAUAGACCAGGAGUCGCGCAGCUGGAAGUGGCAGGACGUUCUCAGCAUAUCAAAGCGUCGGUUCCUGUUCCGCGAUGUGGCCAUCGAGAUAUUCUUCACCGAUGGACGCAGUUACCUGCUCACUGCCAUCAACCCAACUAUGCGGGAUGAGAUUUACUCUAGGCUGACGGGCAUGACACCGCACACCAACAACCCCAGUUUGCUACCCAACCCUGAAGACCUCUGGCGGCUUGAGAGCCUUCGAUUCACUGAGGAUGCCCCGCAGACGCUUGGAGCCAAGUUUGGCAGCAUUUUCAACUCGUCGGCUUGGAAUCCGAUGAUGAGGCGGUGGCAGAGGGGUGAGAUGUCCAAUUUCCACUACCUCAUGCUGGUAAACACCAUGGCUGGCAGGACAUUCAACGAUCUGACCCAAUAUCCUGUCUUUCCUUGGGUGCUCGCGGACUACACCAGCGAAGAACUCGAUCUCGACAAUCCGGCUUCGUUCAGGGAUCUGUCGAAGCCGAUGGGUGCGCAGUCGCCAAACCGGGCGGGUGACUUUGGGAUGCGAUACAGGAGUCUUGCUGAGAUCGGUGAGACGCCCUUCCACUACGGGACUCACUACUCGUCCGCGAUGAUCGUCUCGUCGUACCUCAUCCGCCUUCCGCCGUUUGUGCAGUCGUUCAUCCUGCUACAAGGAGGCACCUUCGAUCACCCUGACCGGCUCUUCUUUUCCAUCGAAAACGCCUGGACUUCUUCCUCAAAAGACAAUGGUUCGGACGUCCGCGAGCUGAUCCCCGAGUUCUUUUACCUCCCGGACUUCUUGACCAAUAUCAACGGCUACAACUUUGGCGUCAGGCAAGGAGGUGGCGGCCGGGUCGACAAUGUUGUUCUGCCGCCGUGGGCGAAGGGCGACCCCAAGAUCUUCAUCGCGAAGAAUCGGGAGGCUCUCGAGAGUCCCUACGUCAGCCAGCGGCUGCAUCAGUGGAUCGAUCUCGUCUUCGGGUACAAACAGCGUGGGGAGGUUGCUGUCGAGAGCCUGAACGUUUUCCAUCCUCUGUCGUACAAGGGCGCCAGAGACCUCGAUAACAUCACGGACCCCCAGGAGCGGCUCAUCACGACGGGCAUCAUCCACAACUUUGGGCAGACGCCGCACCAGAUCUUCACGAAACCCCACCCGGCGAGAGAGUUCGACCGGUGUCCGAUCAAGCGACUGGACACUUCUAUUGCGGCGCUGACGAGGGUGUCUUAUCCGCUGCUCGAGAGCCGCGAGCGAGUUGCCUCGCUUAUCUACGUGCCUAAGCUCGAUCGCCUUCUCUGCGCAUCGCCGUUCCGUCUCAAUCUCCCGCCACACUACGACAAGUUUUUGGAAUGGGGUUACACGGACAACAGUGUGCGGUUCUUCCUUAGCGAUAAUAGAAAGCCCGCUGGUCUCUUUGAGAACCUCCACAUUGGCCAAAUCUCCACCCUCAUAUUCGCCGACUCCAAGACGCUCAUCACAGCCGGCGAAGAUUGCGUCGUAUCCGUCUACAUGGUCCAGUCCUCCCCGAGCAAACCCACGGUAGAACUGCAGCUGCGGUCCUCCCUCUUCGGGCACAAGACGCCCGUGACGCACAUGGCGGUGUCCAAGGCGUUCAGCACGAUCCUGACCGUCUCCCAGGACGGCGUGGCCUUCCUCUGGGACCUCAACCGGCUCGAGUUCAUCCGGCGGCUGCCGCUCGCGCGGCCUGUCGAGUGCGCCCGCAUCAACGACGUCACGGGCGACGUCAUGCUGGGCUCGGGCCAGCACCUGUUCCUCUACACCCUCAACGGCGAGCUCGUCCUCGACCAGAACGUCUGCGCCGGCACCCACGAGCCCGCCGUCGAGGACUUUGUCCACGCCUGCGCCUUCUACCAGGGCUCGGCGCAGGGGGCCGGGAAUGAGUGGGUUGAGAACCAGCUCGUCUUUACGGGGCAUAAGCGCGGGGUCGUGAAUGUCUGGCGGAAGACGGUCGGGGCGAGGACGGGUCGGUGGAUGCUCGAGUUUGUGAGGCGGCUCGAUCAUGUCAACCUGAAGAGUGAGACGGGCGCGAAUGUUGAGGCGGCGAUUACGUGCGUGGCGCCGCUCGCGGGGCUGGUGUACACCGGCGAUGAUGACGGGCGAGUGUGGGAAUGGAACCUGGUUCAGCGUGAACGGUAGAGGUAGAGAGAGUAGAGGGGCGAAUGGGGAGAGGGAAAAAGAAGCAAAUAAAAAGGGGCAAAAGUUGCAUAUAGAGCCAUGGCAGACACUUUUACAUGAUCAGGAGUCUGGGUUGUUGGUCGGGUGGGUAGCAUGGCUUCGGUUGUUUUCUGGUCGGACAGUGCGCGCUCCGUUACAGC